ACGGAAUAUACCGAGUUUCAGAGGUUUAACACUACAUUCGUUAUACAUUAUAGCCAAGGCGUCGCCCCGCCCAUUUAAACGCGUACUAGCCGCGUCCGCCCCGCCCCUUUUGAACGCAUAUUAGACGCCGGUGCUGAGGAGACGCGCGCGGAUAGUAACGCCACAGAAGCGCUCAGCUGAGGCGUGGGAACGACACGAUUCACCGAUACUACAGCCGCUUUCACGCUAAAAUGCGACUCUCAGCACAUUAUAAAGCAUAAGCGCUUUAUAUGAUGGAUAUUUAUGCUAUCGGCGGAUGGAUUAAGACGGGAACCUUAACCUAAACAAAUUUAAUGGGGAAAAUUAGAAGAGUCUCAUUAAGAUGACACGCACAGAUCCACCUGACAUAUUAGUAUCAACUGUGUAUCAAGAUGUCAAAGUGAAUUCCCUCUCGACCCACUCCAAAGCCUGUCAUCCCUCAAAACAAUGUGAUUCCCCAUCCAUCAGCAAACUGGAGAACACUCGAAAAAGCAAAAAGAGGCACUGCCGUAGCUUUGACACUGAGUCUAUGGACAAACUCCGAUAUCAUACAAUAGCAAUGGAGUACCCAUACCGAAGGGCUGAAAGGUAUGCGGCCAAUCCAGAGGUUACCUGGAAUGCCUUAGGUCGCCAACAAGGGCAUGGACUCCAUCGGUUUUCUUCCCCAGACAUAUUCAGCUACCGUCUCACCUCCCAGCCAAUGACUGCUGAGAUGCCUGGUGAAAUUGCUGUGACAGAACAAAAGAGGAGGACUAGAUCUAGAAGUGCCUCACGGGUCCAGACCAGCCUAACUCCUGUAUCAUUUGAUGCUUCCCCUCCAGUGGCAAGGAGGGGCCGGGAAGCUCAAAGGGCACAUAAAAACACUCAGCCAAGGCCAGAAGUUUCCCCAAGAAGAGAGUCUUCCUAUGCUGCCACCCGGGCACAUGUGAACGAAGUACACCCCAUCAAACUGCAGCCGCAGAGGAGUGAUACAAGCAGGUAUUCCCCUGUAUAUGUGUCUGAAGGCAUUGAAGAAGGAAGGCCAGAGAAACCUGCUACUAGUCCUCAUGUUCGGUGCCGAGUGGAUAUCAAACCCGAUGAGUCGGCCAUGCAUCAAGGUGGCCGAAAGGCAGCUACACCCCAUAUGGACAUACCUUGGCAGAAGUAUCCUAGCAGUGGCAGUCGGAGUCUGACAGUGCCUCGCCAUUUCUCCGCUUCGAGAACACCAACUCCCACUGAAUCCUUCACGGGAGAGUACAGACAGGCGUACCAGUAUUCACAAAGUAUGCCAAACAGCUACAUGCAGCCUAUGGAGAUCCCUUUACAAAAGGUGGUCUCACCACGGGAACCAAGGGAACACUAUGGACGGGAAAGAAGGGCUCAUUCAAGCCCCAGCGUGCCAACUAAAUUCUUCUAUGCAGAGGAUUUGGGGAAGUAUGGAUCUUCAGCUCCAUCAAGGGCUUAUUAUCAAGAUGACAGAUACAGCAUUCCAAGCCAACCUUACUCACCUAAAGUACAGUAUGUACAAGAUCCAAGGACUCACAUGGUUCAUACUGUACCUGCACGGCCAUAUUUCUCAGAAAUCGACCACUACCAUUACCCUGGACAGCCUGCGUACCCUAAAGCCUAUGCUGCAAGUGAGCCAGGGGCGUAUAUAAUACAGACACCUCCAGCAAGGACUUUCUAUGGUGAUGACCCAAGGACAUAUCAAAUUCAAACAGCCCCUCCUCGGAUCUUCUACAUGGCUGACCCCUACACGCCACCAAUGGAGCAUCAUAUUCCUGCAAGGGCAUAUUACACAGAGGGAAGACGACAUGCCCGUGUGGUGCAGCCGCAAUCAGAGGACUGGUAUGGUUCAGAGGUAUCUGGCUACUCUAGCCAUUACCCUUCCUCAUAUGUCUCGCAGGUUACUCCCACAAAAGUUAGACAAGAUCCAAAGCUCACAACUUGGUAUGCCAACCCAUGCAUGGAGCCAGUAAGAACCGUAACAGACCCAAGACCAUACUCUAGAUCUUGGGAUAACAUCCUCGAUACCCACGUAGAGCGGGAACAGCCUGUACCUCGAGGGAAAAGUGAUGAGAAUCUUCUUUGUCAGGGGAUACAAACUUCAAGUGAAAGACCAAAACCUGUGGUUGUCAACCUUUCCAGCUCACCCAGGCGUUAUGCUGCACUGUCCUUAUCUGAAAACUCUUUGAUUGACAAAAGUCCAACUGAGGCCAGGAGCUCUUCAAGUAAGCUGUGGUUUGUCACACCUGAAAUAACCAUCACAGACAAUGAUAUCAGACCAAGCAAUCUUAGUAAAUCAGAACCACGCUCUGCAAGUUGGGAUGUGCUGGAUUCAAAAAGUGUUCCAAAUCAAGAAGCCCCUCAACGUGAAGCAAAAUCCAGAGAAUCUACCAAAGAGAAAGCACAUGGCAGCACAUCCCUACAGCAAAGUUUAGAGCAGCUUGAUGAGCUUCUAGCUGACCUUGUCGUCGAUUACAAGCCUCCAACCAGGACCAGUGAGGACCUGCUUGAUCAACUGAAAAAGCUCAUUGAUGAAGAAGAAGCAGUAUCUUCAGCAAGAAAAGAUUCAACGGCAGGAUCUGAAAGUGGCAUGCCCCUUGACAAACAACCCACUUCGAUAAAAAUAGAUCCUGACACACUAAGAGACACUGAUGGGAGUUGUGACGGGCUGAGAAGUGCAGAAGAGUGCUCCCCUGACCAGAGUCCAGAUGAGGACGACACGAUGAUGUGUUCAAACAAUAAAUGCCGUCGGACUGAGACCUUGUUUAAUGCCUGCCUCUACUUUAAAUCCUGCCACAGCUGCUAUACUUACUACUGCUCUCGCAACUGUCGCCGCGAAGACUGGGAUGUCCACAAGGAGAGCUGCCUCUAUGGGAGAAUCGGUAGUGUGUGUCGCCACGUUAUUAAGCACUGUCGAGAAACCGCAGAGGUCCACAAAGCUUUCUCCCGUAUAGCCAAAGUGGGAUACCUGUCUCGGGGCAGGGGUGUCCUGUUUUUGGGAUUUCCAAAUCCAGCUUCAUCCACAAAUUUCCUUCAGUUUGGACUAGAAAGUCUGCUCAUGUCACCAACAUACUUAUCACUCCGUGAGCUGGAGAGCUUCAAAGAUAACCUUGGGGAAUAUUGCAAGGAGCUCCAAGAGGCGGGAAAGGAAUAUGACCCUAAUGAAUGUUUCCUUUUGAAUGUAUCCAUCGCUGUUGGUGAUCAAGUGCCUGACGGACCAUCGCCAAGGGUCCAAGCCCCAACCGUCAGGAAAUUUGCCAAGAUUGCUCUUGCCUCCUACAGCCCAGAAAAGAAGGUCCAUCGGAAGGAAAGUGACAUGGAGACAUUGAUCCUGACCCCACCACCAGGUAUGGCUGACAUUGAUAAGGAAGGUGAGGAGGGAAGGAAAGCCAGGGAGAUCUGUUUCAUCAACAUUCAGCGAGAGUUGAGGAUACGUGGGGUAUUUCUUCGCCAUGAGUAUCCCAAUGUCUACCAAAAACUCUGUGAGUUUGUUGAGAGCAACAGGAGGUUCACACCCACUACUAUUUACCCUAUUGAUAAAAGGACCGGCAAGCAGUUUAUGUGCAUGAUAAUGGCAGCCUCUGAGCCACGAACUUUGGACUGGGUAGCCAACCCACAUCUCCUAGAUGACAUUAUUUAAAACAAGUGCACCUUUUAUAUAUUAAAGCAUAGAUCUCACUAUAGUAUAUAUCUAAAUAUAUCAAGCUUAUUUGUUAUACAUGUUUGUAGAUAUGUAUUUUGUUAAUGGAAAAAAAAUGUAUUCAUGUCUGCAAGGUCAGUAUUAUUCAAUGUUGGAAUAUUGCCCAUCAGAUGUUGAAUAUGAGUAAUUCACAUUGUUUUUUUUUUCAUUGACUUGGUAUCUAGUCCCAGGUUUUGUUCAUUUAUGCUUCACUGGCAAUUAUUGCCCUCCUGUUUAUUUGUAGCAAUUCUCUUUUGAUAUUCUUUUAUUGUUCAUGAAAAGAGAGAGAAAAAAACAAUCUUCUAUUUAUUUUAGCAAACUACAGAAUUAUGUACUUAUUUACUUCAGAGCUGAAUAUUUUUUCCUAUGCAAAAAAUGCCAACAUUGUCCCGCAAAAAUGUUGAAAAUGUUUUGGCUAAAGAAAUAUGGUACUAUAUUUCUUUUUAUCUCAAAAAAAAAAAAAAAUAAUAAUAAUAAUAAUGUGUAUUUUUAUUGAUACGUUUAAUACAGGCAUAUAUUAUAUUAUAUGAUAUUAUAUUAUAUAUUAUAUUAUAUGAUAUUAUAUUAUUAACAUACUGUUAGUGAUUUUGUGAUUCACAAACUUAAAGAGGAACUUAAUAAUGCAGAGUAGAAUCACAGUACACACGAAGGGCUGUGGAUUAUCCAUGGUCUACUAAAUGUACUUUGAGGAAUGGCUUUAAUUAAAAAGAGAGCUGCUUAGAAUUAAGCAACACCUAGAAUUUUGUGCUCCAACCUGGUAAACUCAUUUUCGUAAAUGGUUUGUUAUUUAGCUUUCAAUUUAAUGAAGUAAUUGGUGCUUUUUAUGUAUGGUUAGUAGAAUUACUUGAGCAAUAAUGAACUUGAAGACAAAACCUGGAAAAUAUUGGUAUCAGUGAUGUGCUGCACAUUAGGUGUUAGCCGGUACUGUUCCAUCAGAAACACUGUGAAUUGAGUUAUCUCUUGUAUGCGUGUCCCUGAUAGAGUUUCCUUGUGAUCACCUAUUAGACUUGGAAAUAUUUUAGUAGUUGUUAAGAUUGAGAGAUCUGAAGAGAUGCAACUGUAGGUUCGUCUCUAGAAAAAUGAAAUCAGAGUUGCUGUAUGGUAUACUGGUUUUUAAGCUUGGAAAAAUAUUAUCUUUUUUUUGUGGUUUUGUUUUCACUUUACUGGUUUUGCAUUUAGAUUUUACAUUCAACAAUGCAAAUGCAACAUGUGGUAGCAAAACACCACUGAUUCUUGAGCUACUGCACAAAAUGGCCCACAUUUUUUAUUUGUCAUUAGUUUAUUUUUACGUAGGCUUGUUAAUAGCUAGCAACACCAGAAAAACAUUUAAUAGAUACAUGCAAAAACAAAAACAACACUCAGAUGUCAAGCAUUUCUGUCAACAGAUGGAACAAACCAUCCUGUAUUAUCAAUUAAUUUUUUUACAGUGUAAUGCUAGAUUUGUCAUAUAAAAAGUAUUUGACCUAACAGUACACAUUUUAACCUGUCGGUGUUGACAUAAGGAAAAAUACAUUUUGAGCAGCAGAUCUUAAAGGAAUACCUCUGAAAAUAAUCAAAUCCAAAGUAAUUAAUUUUUUUCCAGUUGUGUAGCCUGUUUUGUCCCAGUACUCAAGAAUUAGUGAGCUGAUAGCUGUAAAAUUUUGUCACAAACUUGCAGUUUGCUCCUAUUUCACCACUAAGUCCGAAGCAGGUUUUUUCUCCUUGAAUUUCCUAGUUAUACUUUGCUCGACAAAUCUGUUCACUGCUUUACUUGAUGAAUUCAUAGCACAACCCUGUCUGAACUCAUAUAGCACAUGUUCCAGGUGAUUUUGCCCAGCAGAGUGUAAAUAUACAGUGGUAAACAGAAAGAAAGGAUUGCAUGUGAUUCUAUUUUUUCAAUCUCAUUACAUUAAUAUAGCCUAAUUAACCUGCCUGAAUAUUUGAUAUUUGAAAAUAUGCUGUAUAUGAGGGAUAAAGUAUAUAGUAAAAUAUAUAAAUAUAUAUAGUAGGAGUGAUAUUUUUCAAGAUCAAUGUGUCAAUCAUUGCUGUUAUGCUGAAAACAGACAAAGACACGGUCUCACAGAAAACAAAAAAACUCAAGCUUGAAUAAAAGAAAAGAUGUGUCUUUGAAA